UAGGUGGAGCUACCACGAAUGGGCGGGGCCUACACAUGGAAAGCGGUGAGGGUGGAAACUGCUCACCGUCUGGGUUAGAUUUCCUCGGAAAGGUUUGCUAAAAGAUAAAUUCCUGAGACGCGCUUGAACCAGAAUCCAGCUGAGUCAGUGUCGGAAUGGGCCCCAGAAAGGUCAGUUGAAAUCCUUUCCGAAGGUAGAUCCCAGGCUCCAGGACAAUUAUGGCUCAAAGCAGAAAACGCUAGAGCCGCGUGGGGCCUGCCGGGAGCUGUAGUCCACGAACUGCGCCUGCGCGUCUUGCCAAGCUUCAUGAUACAUGCUUACUGCGUGAGCGUCUCUGAGGGGCGCUAUCCGGAGUCUACUAUUGAGAGGCGGUCCGGCUGGACGUCCAAGUCCUCCACCUUCGGGAUGCCGCGGGUUGACCCUGAGGAAUGUGCGGGGCAUGAGUUUUAAUUUCCAGUCUCCAGGCGCGGGUCUAUGACUCAACUCUGUUGUGAAUUCCAGGCUGAGGGAAGAAGCAGAAGACAGGACGGGCCAAGCCUGAGGCUGGAGCGUGUUCGCGACAGGCAACUCGUGGGCUCGGCAGGUGCUAGGAGAAAAGCAAAGAUUUUCAAAAUCAAAGAUGAAGAUAAAAAUCAGGAUUUACACAGGGCUGAAACAGGAAAGUGAAGUAGAAGUCAGCUCUCCCAAUGUAACUUCCAUUGGCUCUGGAACUACCUUGAGGUUCAUCCUGGGCUAACCCUAAGUCAGACAGUUGGCUGCAGCAGCUCCUGGUCAGUGCCAUGGCCAAUACCCUCAGUGACCAUCUACUGAACACCUUGGAGGGGCUGUUGCCCUAUGACUUCGAGAAGUUCAAGUUCAAAUUGCAGAACACCAGCCUGGAGAAGGACCAUUUCCGGAUCCCUCGGGGCCAUCUGCAGAUGGCAAGGCCCAUAAAGCUGGCCACCCUGCUGCUCACCUACUAUGGGGAGGAGUAUGCUGUGCGGCUGACCUUGCAGAUCCUGCGGGCCAUGAACCAACGCCAGCUAGCAGAGGAGCUCCACAAGGCCACAGGCCCAGAACAUUCUGCUGAAGAGAUUGGAACUGACAGUUAUGUAGGGUCUUCAGAAGAGAAUAAGGCCAAGAGUAUGAAUGUGCCAGGUGUCCUGGAAAGUGAUGGGCAGAAGCAGAGUGGUGACCAAUCAGCCACCCUGCCAGCCAGCCAGCCUGAAGUGGUGAAGAGGCCCCAGAAGAAGUCUCCUGUCAAAAGGAGCGAUCAGAAGGGUCCUGAGGGCCUGGACUCCCAGACCAAGCCAUGGGCUAGGAGCACAGCACCACUCUACAGGAGAAGCCCAGUCCCCAGCCAGUCACCAGGGGACAAGGAAAGCAGGGCAAGUGCCCAGCUGCGCAGGAAUGCCAGCUCUGCAGGAAGACUGCAGGGGCUCUACUAUAAUGGCAUCCCGGGGAGGAGAGAAUGCAAGAAAUCUGAAGUGUAUUUGCCUUCAGGAAAGAAGAGACCCAAAAGUCUUGAAAUCACUAUUUCUUCAGGAGGAGGACCCCCAAAUCCAGAAAUGUUUCUGACUCAAAAAGAAACAAGAAAUGGAAAUCCACCCUCAGCAGCCACCCCCAGAGGACUACCCACUCUGGAUAUAGGCACUACUGUGUCUCUGGAGAAAGACUUGGGGAACCCAGAACAUUUCAUAGUCCUAGAGGUAGAAACAUGCAGGACCACACUUCCCAAAGCAUUGUUGGCUGGAGAGAAGAAGUGCACUAUAUUUUGGAAGGAAAACGGAAUUGGGGGUCCAGGUACUCUUGAGCUCUCACAGAAGAUGUCCAGCAGUGCUCUCUCUGAGUCCCCCAAUCCAGAAGUGCCUUUGUCAGUAUGUGAGAAACAAGAACAGACUCUGGAAGACUCAGCAUCCUUAGGAUCAGUGGCUUGUAAAGGAAGGUCACAGGAUGAGGCUGCCUGUCCUCUUUGCCACACCCAGGAAGGAGACUUGCAGGGUGGCAGCUUUGUGCAAAAUUCCUGCAGCUGCUCCAUCGCUCCUGGUGAUCCCAAGGCAUCAGGCAGAUGCUCAUCCAUAUGCUCCCAGUGCCAGAUGUCACCUGCAAGGAAGAGCUCUGGAGACCUGAACUCCCAGCUCCUGCCACAGUGCCCACGCCACAUGAAUCAGGUACAGCUGCUCUUCUGUGAGGAUCACAAGGAGUCCAUCUGCCUCAUCUGCAGGCUCAGUCAGGAGCAUCGAGGCCAUCGGGUGUGCCCCAUUGAAGAGGCUGCAUUGGAGUACAAGGAGCAAAUCCAGAAGCAACUGGAGCACCUGAAGGAGCUGAAGAAAUGUGGGGAGGAGCACAGGCUGCAGGGGGAAAAGACCACAGAGAGCUUCCUGAAACAAACAGAAACCCAGAAGCAGAGGGUCCAGUGUCAGCUGGAAAAGUUGUACCAGUUUCUGGAGCAACAAGAGCAGCUGUUUGUGGACUGGCUACAGGAGCUAGGCCAGACCAUUGGACAGGUCCAGAAGACAUAUGACACCCAGGUGUCCCAGGACAUCGCCCUCCUGGACGAAUUGAUUGGAGAACUGGAGGCCAAGCAAGGUCAGCCGGAAUGGAAGCUCAUGCAGGACAUUGGAGUCACCUUGCACAGGGCUAAGACAGUGACUGUUCCUGAGCCCUUGACCACUCCUCCAGACGUGAAAGAAAAGAUUCACCUACUCUACCAGAAAUCAGAGUUUGUGGAGAAGAGUAUGCAGUACUUCUUAGAAACACUGCAUUCUAAAAUGGAAACAUUCAAUGCUGUGGAUGUAAGUCAAUGGGGAGGGCACCGGCCAAGCAUACCAGAGGUCCUGAGUCCAAUCCCCAGCAACCACCUAAAGUGGACUUGUGGAGACACACGGGUCAAUAAUGUAGUCCUUGAAUCAGGACCUCAAGCUCACCCCCAGCCUCAGCCAGCUCAAGACCCACCUGAGCUAUAUGAAACCCCGUCUCAGAACAACAAAAGAAAAGCUAGAUCUUUCCUGAAAUGGAAACCUCCAUUUGUUGGAGAGCCUUGGGAGAAUGUUUUGCCUACAGACUCCCCCCAGCUAGGUAUUCUUCUCUCUGCAGUUGAUGUAAUCCUGCAACCAGCAACUACUCACCUCAACCUCAUCUUUUCUGAUGAUAUGAAGAGUGUAAGACUUGGAAAUAAGUUGGAUUCACUGCCUGACAACCACCAAAGACUCAAAAUUACAUCGACACCCUGAGUACUCACACCCUUGUGUAUGACUGCCAUCACUGGUAGGCAGAGGUUGGAGAUGAGAUGGUAUAGGUCCUGGGAGCAUGCAGAGCAUUGCAAACAGGAAGGGAAAUAUAACUGUCACCAGAGAAUAGUCACUGAGUAGUAAUGACAACAAAGAAAACUGAGGACCAAGCAUCCAUUUUUCCUCCAACCCGCCUGUGAAUGAGACAGCCCCCCCACAAUGGGUGGGGAUCUUCCUAGACUGCACAGGACAGCCAAGUCCCACAUCUAUACAUUUACUAGUUUCUCUUCUGGGCCCCUUCAGUUUUCUUCAGCCCCAGGACACAUGAUGGAAGAACCUGGCUCCUCUGACCAUCUGUCCAGUCAGUAGCCAGAGGUUUCAUUAAGUGCUUGCACUUCCAUUCUGACUCCUGGUCUUACAUCUUGCAUUCAUGCACUCAGUAGUCACUAACUGGGUGUUAACUGAUAAAAAGCAUGUAAUGAAUAAGAAAAUAGUAUCAGUGCCUGUAUUAGUCAUUGUUCCUUUUGCUGUAAUAAAAUACCCUGACAGAAGCAACAAAAAGGAGGAAAUGUUUAUUUUGGUUCACAGUUCAAGGUUCAUCACAGCAGAGCAGUUGCAGUGGUAGGAACUUGAGGCAGCUGGUCACACUGCAUCCAUUGUCAAGAAGCAGAGAGUGAGGAAUGUGCUAAUGGUCAUGUUCAGCCAGCUUCCUCCUUUUCAUGCAGUCCAAGACCCAAAUCGAGGGACUGGGCCACCCAAAUUUGGGAUGGGUCUUUCACCUCAAUUAACCUAACUGAGAAAAGUCUUCGCAAGCAUGCCCAGAGGAUUGCCUCAUGGGUGAUUCUAGAGCCUGUCAAAUUGACUACCAUCAUUAGCCAUCACAGGACCCAAGUACCAAAUCCUAGCAGAGGUAAGCUAGAUAGUCAAAUACUGGUAAGCAAAGGUGAAGAUGACACAUACCAAUGGCAUGCAGAGGCAUCCAGAGGAGGAAGUACAUGGCUACUGUGUAAUAAACCAUGCAGCAUCAAGCACUCUCAGAUGUUCCUGAGAGAAGAUCCUACUUCAUUUUCCCUCCCUAGGGCAAGGAUGUAUUUGCCAUUCUGUCUUUCUUAACCUUGGACACAGAAAACAUAAGCAGACUCUAAAGAGGAUACACUUUCCUCUGUCUUAUUUUCACUCUUUUUUUUUUUGAGACAGGGUCUCAUUAUGUAGCCCUGGCUGGCUUGGAACUCACUAUGUAGACCAGGCAGGCCUCAAACUUACAGAGAUACACCUGCCUCUGCCUCCCAAGUGCUGAGAUUAAAGGUGUGGGCCACCAUGCUCUGCUUAUUCUAUUAAUGAAGCUCCUCUUCAGGCUUUAAAAGGAAGCUUCUUCUUUAAAAAAAAACUUUGAGAAUUACAUACAUGCAU